AUAGAAACUCUGAUAAUCCAGUGGUCUGGCCAAAUAUGGAGUGCCAUGAAGAAGGACUCUGGCAUGUUGCUGCUCCAAGGAGAACACCCAGGUCCCAGCGUGGAACUCCAAUUCUGGAACACUCAGAGAGAAAAUCUUCUGGGCAUCCAAUCACAAAUCCAGAACCCCAAAGUGGAGCAGAUCAUGGAGAUCUUGCGGAGUGUCAAGAGCAGCUACUAUUCCUUCUUCAAGGACAUCUGUGUCAAAGUCAAUGAAGCUGUGUUGGAAGCAGAGGAUAUAACGCUGUACCUGUACCCUCUGAGGAGACUGAUCAGCAGCAUAGAGGAGAAGAGUUUCCCACAAAUAGACUCUCUACUUCCACCUCUUUUUCACACUCUUUGUCUCAUCUGGAGCCAAUCCCAGUAUUACUGCACUCCUCAGCGCAUGGUGGUGCUCCUGCAAGAAUUCAGCAAUCUGAUCAUUGAGAAGGCCUGUACCUACCUUUUACCUGAAGAACUCUUCAAGAUGGAGCUUGAAGAGGGGGUGGAGAGAGUGCAGAUAACCAUUUCAGUUCUGAGCACCUUCAAGGAACUGUUCUGUACUUACCGUCAACGUAUCCCCAAGUACUACAAGCACAAUGAGACAAUCAGGCUGUGGGACUUUCCCAGUGCAUUUGUGUUCCAGCGUUCAAAUCGCAUUGUGGAAAGGCUGAUGAUGAUUGAGGAACUUUUUACCACAGCGUUGGAUUUUCUAAAACUGGAGAAGAUUGAACUUGGAGGUUCCAGGGGGAAGAUCCUCAGUGAGAUGGUCUUCAGCAUGAGCGAUGAAUUUCAUGACCGCUGGCGUGCUCUCAGAGAAAGCAAACACGACCCGCUGGACUACACUAACGAUGAAUUUGUGAGUCAGUACAGGUCUUUUGUGAAGCAGAACAAAGAUUUUGACCAGAGGUUGGGGACAAUUCUCAAUCUGGCCUUCCAGCACUCAAAAAACUUAAAUUCUACCUUCAAGUUGUUGAAAAUUUUUGGCUCUCUAUUUGAAAGACCCAGGAUUCAUCAACUGUUCUUGCCAAACUGCCAUGUGCUGUUGGACAUGUUCAAUCAAGAAAUAGACCACUGUCAGUUUGUGCUUGAUCGACACCAAGAUGAGCUGCAGUCAGACUGUGCAACAAUGGGAAAAAAUAUGCCCCCAGUGGCUGGAAACCUUAAAUGGUCGCAGGAGCUUCGGGAUCGUAUUCUGUCCGACAGGAGUGACCUCGUUCAGCUGGCCCAUAUGCCACUGGGUAGUACUGAGACCGAUAAUAUUCCAAAGUGUGAGCGAGUUCUGGAGCUUCUGGACCAGCAUGAUGAAGAAUUGUUCUCCUUGUGGACUGAGGGGCUGGAGGAUCUCUGCCACAACCACCUCCGGGAACCACUGCUGAAACUGGAAACUGACAAGGGCCUCUUCUGGGUCAAUUUCAGCCCUGCUUUGUCCUCAGUGUUAAGGGAGGUAAAGUAUCUGAAUAUGUUGAAGAACCAAAACAUUCCGAAAGCGGCUGUCCUGCUGUACUCCAAACGAGAGAGACUCCACAUGUACAUGCAGACACUUGACUUCGUGACCCAGUGGUACAACCAUCUCCACACUAGUAUCCUGGCUGUGGAGCUGGGAUUGGUGAAAGAUGAGAUAGAUGAAGCAAGAAAGCAGCUAGAUCCAGCUCUCCGAGAGCUGACCUGGAAUCAGGAUGACCUGUGGGACUACAUCCAGACCACACGAGAUCUUGUCAACAAUGUUUUCAGUCGUGUCCAAAAGAGCAAAGCCAACGUAGAGGCCAUCCAGGAUCUUAUGCAGGAAUUCAGCCAAAGGGCUUUCAUCACCAGGAAGAGCUGUGGUUCUGUUCUCCUCCUCUUCACUGACAUUAAAGAGAGUGUUUCCAAACAGCAUGCACUCAUCACCAACACCGGGAAGAAGAUACACGACCUUCUGCAGGAGAACCAGGCUCUGCUGGCUGUGUCAAAUCCAUGCAGCACCGAGUGGCAGACCUACACUGACUAUGUGGAUGGGAUAAUCCUGGCAGGCUUCUACAGUGCAGUACGCUGCUCCCUGCAGUACCUCCUGGACAACACUGACUCUGCCCAAGGCAUUGCACUGUUUCAGAUCCAGCUGCUUCUCAGCAGCAACGACAUGACCUUUGACCCCUCCCUGGACUUCAGCCACAGUGGCAACUUCUAUGACAUUGUGGAUAAGAUGGUGGCCAACAUCACCAGCAUGGCAUCUUUCAUUCCCAGGGUGGCAAAGCAUAAACAGCUCGACAGUUAUCAGAAAGACAUAGAUGAAAUGGAGGACUUGUCAGAGAUGUGCCACAUAAUCCGCUCACGUGCACGUUCAGCUAUUGUAAAGGUCAAGGAAUACCAGGCAUCAUUUUCCAGCUACCGCUACCUCUGGACUGAUGACAGGUCUGAAUUCAUGAGGCAGUUCUUGCUAUAUGGCCAUGUGUUAAGUAUGGAGGAAGCUGAGCUGUAUGCAGACUAUGAACUCAAAAAGAACCCACCCACCCUGGAGAACUUCAAAGAACAGAUCAACCUAUUUGAGUCACUUUUUGUGCAAGUAAGCAAUAUGGAAGACAAAAGGGUGUUCAACGGCUGGCUGCAGGUUGAUAUCAGACCCUUCAAGCACACACUGAUGAAUGUCAUCAAGAGAUGGAGCUGGAUGUUCAAGGAGCAUCUCCUCAACCACGUAAAUCAGAGUGUGAGGGACUUAUCCUGUUUUGUACAAGACACUGCCCGCGGCCUCUCUAACAAGGUGUCUAAUGGUGACUACACUGGCCUUGUGGACAUCAUGGGACACCUCAUGGCAAUACGAGAUAGACAGAUCAGCAACGAACAGCACUUCAAACCACUCAAAUCCACUGCUGAGCUGCUGAAAACCUACGGGCAGCAACUCCCAGAGAGUGUCUACACACAGCUCGAAGAGCUGCCAGAGCAGUGGAAGAGUUUGAGAAAGACCGCCUUCACUGUCAAACACGAAGUGGCGCCUCUACAAGCCAGUGAAGUUUCGGUUAUACGUCGGAAAUGUGUCCGGUUUGAGGUGAAGCAACAUGAGUUUAGGGAGCGGUUUCGUACAGAAGCCAUCUUUAAGAUCAGCGUGGAGGAGCCAUAUAAACUGAUUGAUAAGUCUCACCAAGCAGUAGCAGUGAUGGAGUCAGAAAUGAAGACGCUGCAGGACACGGCCACUCUCUUUGAGGUCAACUUCCCAGAAUACAAGCAGCUGCGCCAGUGUCGCUCUGACAUCAUUCUGGUCAAAGCUGUCUGGGACAUGGUCGUCUUUGUUAAGGCCAGUAUUGAGGACUGGACCAAGACACCAUGGAAAGAAAUCAAUGUUGAGCAGAUGGACAUGGAACUCAGACGUUUUGCGAAGGAGAUGAAGAUGCAGGAUAAGGAAGUGCGAGUGUGGGACGUCUACACAGGUCUGGAAUCGACUGUGAAGAACCUGUUGACGUCGCUCAGAGCCGUCAACGAGCUGCAGAACUCUGCCAUCAGGGACAGACACUGGCAACAGCUUAUGAAGACUACAAAGGUCAGGUUUGUGAUGGGAGAGAGCACCACCUUGGGGGACUUGCUGGAAUUACAGCUUCACCGUGUAGAAGAUGAGGUCAAAAACAUAGUGGAUAAGGCUGUGAAGGAAAUGGCCAUCGAAAAGGUUUUGGCAGAAAUAACACAAACGUGGAGUGUUAUGUCAUUAUCCUAUGAAACUUAUCUGAGCACAGAAACCCCUCUGCUCAAAACUGACGAGAAUCUGAUUGAAACACUGGAGGACAACCAGGUCCAACUGCAGAACAUUCUGAUGAGCAAGUACGUAGAGUACUUCCAGGCAGAAGUAAGUGGAUGGCAGCGGAAGCUGAUGGUGGCCGACCUGGUCAUCUCCUCCUGGAUGUCAGUCCAGAGGACCUGGACUCACCUCAACAGCAUCUUCACCAACAGUCAGGAUAUCCGGUACCAGCUAGCUACUGAUGCCCAGCGUUUCGAGGGCAUUCACAGGGACCUUCAGAACUUGAUGAUUGAGGUUGUCCAGAACGAUAAUGUGAUAGAGGUAACCAACCAGCCUGAUUUUCUGGAGCAGCUAGAGACCUUACAGCAGAGGCUAUCUGUGUGUGAGAAGGCUCUUGCAGAGUACCUGGAAACCAAGAGGCUCACCUUCCCCAGAUUUUACUUUGUCUCUGCUUCCGACCUACUGGAGAUUGUCUCCAAGGGAACACAGCCCAAAGAGGUGACUAGACACUUGCUGAAGCUGUUUGACAAUAUAGCAGAUCUUCAGUUCAAAGCCUCAGAUGCUGGUGGAGAUGCCGAGGAACACACGGAGACCGUCGCUAUCGGGAUGUACAGCCGAGAGGGAGAAUAUGUUCCGUUCUCUGAACCGUGUGUCUGUGAAGGACAGGCUGAAUGUUGGCUCGGUGCCUUAGAAAACACAAUGCGCUGCACCGUUCGAAAAGAGAUCCAGGAAGCCGUUAGCGCCUAUGAAGACAAACCGCGAGACCAGUGGCUCUUUGACUAUCCUGCACAGGUUGGGUUAACUGGUAGUCAGGUGUGGUGGGCCACAGAUGUAGGUAUUGCCUUUGAGAGGAUGGAGGAAGGAUUUGAGAGUGCCCUCAAAGACUACAACAAAAAACAGAUCACUCAGCUGAACUCACUGAUUCACAUGUUGCUUGGAGAUUUGACUCCUGGAGACAGACAGAAGAUUAUGACUGUCUGUACUAUUGAUGUCCAUGCUCGAGACGUUGUCGCUAAUCUCAUUGCUCAGAAGGUGACAACAGGUCAAGCAUUUGCAUGGCUGUCCCAGUUACGCCACUGUUGGAAUGAUGAAACCAGACACUGCUUUGUGAAUAUCUGUGAUGCCCAGUUCCAGUUCAGCUAUGAAUACCUGGGGAACACCAACAGACUAGUCAUCACCCCACUCACUGACAGAUGCUACAUAACACUGACCCAGUCACUCCAUCUGACUAUGAGCGGUGCUCCCUCUGGCCCAGCUGGCACUGGUAAAACAGAGACAACGAAGGACCUCGGACGCUCUCUGGGCAUCAUGGUGUAUGUGUUUAACUGCUCAGAACAGAUGGAUUAUAAGUCCAUAGGUAACAUUUAUAAGGGUCUGGCUCAGACAGGAGUGUGGGGAUGUUUUGAUGAGUUCAACAGGAUCUCUGUUGAAGUGCUUUCUGUGGUGGCCGUACAGGUGAAGACAAUACAGGACGCCAUACGCAACAAGAAGCACAGAUUCCAUUUCCUUGGAGAAGAGAUUGAGCUGAAGCCAACAGUAGGAAUCUUCAUUACUUUGAACCCAGGUUAUGCCGGCAGGGCGGAGCUCCCAGAGAACCUCAAAGCUCUGUUCAGGCCCUGUGCCAUGGUGAUCCCAGAUUUUGAGCUGAUUUGUGAGAUUAUGUUGGUGGCAGAAGGGUUCAUAGAUGCUCGUAUACUGGCACGCAAGUUCAUCAGCCUCUAUACUCUCUGUAAGGAGCUGCUGUCCAAACAGGAUCACUAUGACUGGGGUUUGAGAGCCAUCAAAUCAGUCCUGGUUGUGGCUGGAUCUCUGAAGAGGGAAGACCGCAGCAGACCCGAGGAACAAGUGCUGAUGCGAGCACUGAGGGACUUCAACCUGCCUAAAAUAGUGACCAGUGACGUGCUGAUAUUUCUUGGGUUGAUCAGUGACCUGUUCCCCCAGCUGGACGUGCCCAGAAAGAGAGAUCCUGAGCUGGACAGCGCUGUUCGUCAGGCAGUCAGUGAGCUGCAUCUGCAACCGGAGGAGAACUUCAUACUGAAAGUGACUCAGCUGGAGGAGUUGCUGGCUGUCAGACACUCUGUGUUUAUAGUCGGUGGACCAGGAACUGGGAAAAGCCAGAUCUUGAAGACUCUCCACAGAACCUAUUCAAACAUGAAGAUGAAGCCAAUGUUGAACGAUAUCAACCCUAAAGCUGUAACUACAGAUGAACUGUUUGGAUAUCUGCACCCUGCUACCAGAGAAUGGAAAGAUGGUCUGUUCUCUUCAACAAUGAGAGAACUGACCUCAAUAAGCCACCAUGGACCCAAGUGGAUUGUUCUUGAUGGAGAUAUUGACCCUAUGUGGAUCGAGUCUCUCAACACAGUCAUGGAUGAUAAUAAGGUGCUGACUCUUGCCAGUAAUGAGAGGAUCAGUUUGUCCUCCUCUAUGCGCCUCCUCUUUGAGAUUUCUAACUUGAAGGCUGCUACUCCAGCUACUGUGUCCAGAGCGGGGAUACUCUACGUUAACCCGCAGGACCUCAGCUGGGCAUCUUACGUGACAAGCUGGAUAGACACCCGGCAGGCCCAAUCAGAACGAGCCAACAUGACCAUUCUGUUUGACAAAUAUGUGCCCUACUGCCUGGAGCAAGUUCGCUGCAACCUAAAAACCAUCACCCCUAUACCAGAAAACAGCAUGGUGCAGACGCUGUGUUGUUUGCUGGACUGUCUUCUGACAGAGGACAACACUCCAGCUGACUCUCCAAGAGAACUGUAUGAGAUCUACUUUGUCUUUGCGUGUGUCUGGGCCUUUGGUGGAGCACUGUUCCAAGAUCACCUGAUUGACUUUCGUGCUGAAUUCAGCCGCUGGUGGACUAAGGAGAUGAGGGCAGUGAAGUUUCCAUCACAGGGAACUGUCUUUGACUAUUUCAUCGACCCUGAGACUAAAAGGUUUACCCCCUGGAGUGAGAAGAUGUUGCCGUUUGAUCUUGAGCCUGAUGUCCCUUUGCAAACUGUGUUGGUCCACACUCCUGAGACCAUCAGCCUGACCUACUUCAUAGACCUGCUGCUCCAGAGAGGCAAACCUAUCAUGUUAGUGGGUAAUGCAGGAGUGGGAAAGACCAUCCUGGUGUCUGAUAAAGUUGCCAAGCUGACGGAGGACUACAUGGUGGCUAAGGUCCCUUUUAACUACUACACCACAUCAGCCAUGCUGCAGCGUGUUCUGGAGAAACCUCUGGAGAAGAAGGCUGGCCGUAAAUUCGGUCCUCCUUCUGCCAAGAAACUCAUCUACUUCGUUGAUGACCUUAACAUGCCUGAGGUGGACCCAUAUGGGACUGUCCAGCCACACACACUCAUACGGCAACACCUCGACUACAGCCACUGGUAUGACAGACAAAGACUGGUACUGAAGGAAAUCUAUAACUGCCAGUACAUCACCUGUAUGAACCCAACAGCUGGAAGUUUCUCUAUCAAUCCCAGACUGCAGAGGCAUUUCUCAGUAUUUGCCGUCCACUUUCCCAGUGCUGAUGCUUUAGCCACUAUCUUCUCCAGCAUCCUGUCAGCUCAUUUUCUUCAAGGAGGGUUCAGCUAUGGGGUGUCUCGCUCUGUGGGAACUCUCAUACAGACAGCUAUCUGCCUGCACCAGAAAAUCAGCCAGAACUUCCUCCCGACAGCCAUACGAUUCCACUACAUCUUUAACCUGAGAGACCUCACCAAUAUCUUCCAGGGUAUCCUGUUUGCCCUGCCAGAGUGUAUCCGUUACCCAAUGGAACUGGUACACCUGUGGCUCCACGAGAGCUCUAGGGUCUACUCUGACAAACUAAUGGAAGAGAAAGAUGUGGAACUAUUCAACAAAAUCCUGCUGGACACUGGCAAAAGAUAUUUUGAGGGAAUGGAUGAGUCCAUCUUCAUCCACCAGCCUCUGGUGUACUGUCACUUUGCUCAGGGAGUGGGAGAGCCUCGUUAUCACCAGGCUUCAGACUGGGAGAAGCUGCAGAAGACUUUGACAGAUGCUCUGGAGCAUUACAAUGAGCUGCACGCUGUCAUGGAUCUGGUUUUGUUUGAAGAAGCCAUACAGCACGUGUGCCGUAUCAGCCGUAUCCUGGAGGCCCCCUACGGUAACGCCCUGCUGGUGGGCGUUGGAGGCAGCGGGAAGCAGAGUCUGUGUCGGCUGGCUGCCUUCCUCAGCACACUUGAGGUUUUCCAGGUCACCCUUCGUAAAGGCUACGGCAUCAGUGACCUUAAGAGUGACAUAGCAGCAUUAUACAUAAAAGUGGGGGUGAAAAACAUCGGGACGGUGUUUCUUUAUACAGACGCCCAGAUUCCAGAUGAACGUUUCCUCGUACUGAUCAAUGAUAUGUUGGCCUCAGGAGAUAUUCCAGAUCUGUUUAGUGAUGAAGAAGUGGACAUGAUUGUGACAUCCAUCCGUAUGGAGCUGAGAGGGUUAGGACUCGUAGAUACCAGAGAUAAAUGUUGGAGUUUCUUCAUUGAAAGGAUACGACGGCAGCUCAAGGUGGUCUUGUGUUUCUCCCCAGUUGGCUUCACAUUGCGCACACGUGCACGGAAGUUUCCUGCAUUGGUGAAUUGUACAGCCAUAGACUGGUUCCACCCCUGGCCUCAGCACGCCCUGCAGUCUGUCAGCUCUACUUUCAUCGACAAGAUACCUGGACUACAGGCAAAUGUCCGAGUAUCUAUCAGUGAGUUCAUCUCUUAUGCCCACUCCAGCGUUAAUGAGGUGAGUGUCAAGUACCAGCAGAAUGAGAAGCAUUUUAACUACACCACUCCAAAGAGCUUCCUCGAGUUUAUGAAGCUAUAUGGCAACCUGCUGGGGAAAAAACGCACCGAGCUGACCCAGAAGAUGGAGAGGCUAGAGAAUGGCCUCCAGAAACUACAGUCUACUGCCUCACAGGUGGAGGAUCUGAAGGCCAAGCUGGCAGUGCAGGAGGUGGAGCUGUGCCAGAGGAACACGGAAAUAGAAGCUCUCAUCGCUAAAAUUGGACAGCAGACAGACAAGCUCAACCAAGAAAGAUCUGUGGCUGAUGAAGAGGAGAAAAAGGUAGCAGCAAUCCAAGCAGAAGUGACCAAACAGCAGAAGGAGACAGAGGACGACCUGACCAAGGCUGAACCUGCUCUCCAGGCAGCCACCGCUGCCCUCAAUACACUCAACAGGUUAAACCUGACCGAGCUCAGGACGUUUCCCAACCCUCCAGCUAUUGUCACCAAUGUCUCAGCAGCAGUUCUGGUGCUGCUGGCACCACAAGGCCGAAUCCCUAAAGAUCGCAGCUGGAAGGCAUCCAAGAUCGUCAUGAGCAAGGUGGAUGAGUUCCUGCAGGCUCUGGUGAACUUUGACAAAGAGCGCAUUCCCGAGGCCACAGUGAAGUGUGUUCGGGAUGAGUACCUCAGUGAUCCCGAGUUCAAUCCUGAGUUUGUACGGCAGAAAUCCUCUGCCGCUGCAGGGCUGUGUGCCUGGGUCAUCAACAUAAUACGCUUCCAUGAGAUUUUUGUUUUCUGUGAGGUGGAGAUGAAGAGGACGCAUCUGUCUCAGGCCAACGCUGAUCUGGCAGAGGCUGCUGAGAAACUCAAUGCCCUCAGGAAGAAACUUUCUGAGCUGGAUGGUACACUGGAGACUAUGACAGCAGCAUUUGAGAAAGCCACCUCAGAGAAACUGAGAUUUCAAGAAGAAGUUAACCGCACCAACAAGACUAUAGAACUCGCCAGUCGGCUGGUCAAAGGGCUGGAGAGCGAGAACGUACGCUGGGCUCAUUCAGUGGCUCAGUAUCACAAACAGGAGGAAACUCUUUGUGGGGACGUCCUCCUUACUGCAACCUUCAUCUCGUACGCCGGCUCCUUCUCUAAGAAGUACCGGACAGAGCUUCUGGACAACCUCUGGAUGCCAUUCCUACGGAGCCAGAAGGUCACCAUUCCUAUGACACAAGGUUUAGAUCCUGUGUCAAUGUUGACUGAUGGUGCAACGGUGGCCCAGUGGAAUAAUGAAGGAUUGCCAGGAGACAAAAUGUCCACUCAGAAUGCAACUAUCCUCACCAACUGUGAGCGCUGGCCUCUUCUUAUUGAUCCUCAGCUGCAGGGCAUCAAGUGGCUAAAGAGUCGCUAUGGUAACAGCCUGAAGGUCAUCAGUCUUGGACAGCGAGGCUAUGUAGAUGUGAUAGAGCAGGCUGUGGUUGCAGGAGACACUGUCCUCAUAGAGAACCUUGAAGAGACCAUCGACCCUGUUAUCGAUCCGCUGCUGGGACGGCACACCAUCAAGAAGGGCAGCUGUAUCAAGGUUGGGGACAAGGAAUGUUUGUUCCACCCAGACUUUAGACUGAUCCUGCAUACUAAGUUGGCCAAUCCUCACUACAAGCCAGAGAUUCAAGCGCAGACCACCCUUAUCAAUUUUACAGUGACCAGGGAUGGCCUGGAGGACCAGCUCCUGGCACAAGUGGUGAACCAGGAGAGACCAGACCUUGAGCACCUCAAGAGUGAACUGACCAAACAACAGAACAUGUUCAAGAUUGAGUUGAAGCUUCUUGAGGAUGAGCUGCUUACCCGACUGUCUGCUGCCGAGAGCAACUUCCUGGGUGACAACGUGCUGGUCGAGAAACUCGAGUCCACCAAACAUACUGCUGCUGAGAUUGAGAUGAAGGUCCUGGAAGCGAAAGUUAAUGAGGUGAAGAUAAAUGAAGCAAGAGAACAUUAUCGACCUGUUGCUGUCAGAGCUUCUCUACUCUACUUUAUCAUGAAUGAUCUCAACAAGAUUAACCCCAUGUACCAGUUCAGCCUCAAGGCCUUUAACACAGUUUUCUACAAAGCUGUGGCGUCAGCAGAGGCCUGUGAGGAUGUGAUGAGCAGAGUGAGCACCCUCAUCGACUGUGUCACUUAUUCUACCUUCAACUACAUCAGCAGGGGCCUGUUUGAACGAGACAAGCUGACCUUCACGGCUCAGCUGACCUUCCAGUUGCUCCUGAUGAAUAAGGAGAUAGAUGGAAGGGAGCUCGACUUCCUCCUGCGCUUUAACAUCGACCACACCUACAUCAGCCCUCUGGACUUUCUGUCUAACUCAGCGUGGAGCGCCAUCAAGGUGAUGAGUUUUACUGAUGAGUUUCGAGGUCUGGACCGGGACAUUGAGGGAUCUCCUAAGCGCUGGAAGAAGAUGGUGGAGUCCGAGUGUCCUGAGAAGGAGAGGUUUCCACAGGAGUGGAAAGGAAAAAGUUCCUUGCAGAAACUUAUCAUGAUGAGAGCCCUGAGACCUGACCGCAUGACCUACGCUGUGAGAAAUUUUGUGGAGGAGAAACUUGGAGUGAAAUACACAGAGGGCCGGAAAAAAGAGUUUGCAAAGUCCUUCAGAGAAAGUGAUCCAGCAUCUCCUGUGUUCUUCAUCCUCUCACCCGGAGUGGACCCACUUAAAGAUGUGGAAUCUCUGGGUCGGAAGCUGGGUUUCACAAUCGACCUCGGAAAGCUUCACAAUGUGUCCUUAGGUCAGGGCCAGGAAGCAGUGGCUGAAGUUGCAAUGGAACAGGCUGCAAAGGAAGGUCACUGGGUUAUACUGCAGAACAUCCACCUGGUGGCUCGCUGGCUGGGUUCACUUGAGAAGCUCUUAGAGCGCCUCUGUGAAGGCAGUCACCCUGACUACAGAGUGUUCAUGAGCGCAGAGCCUGCGCUAACACCACAGGAACACAUUAUCCCCCAGGGAAUUCUGGAAAAUGCUAUUAAGAUCACCAAUGAACCUCCUACAGGCAUGCAUGCUAAUUUACAUGCUGCUUUGGACAAUUUUGACCAGGACAUCUUGGACCAGUGCAGCCGUGAACAGGAGUUUAAGACCAUCCUCUUCUCUCUGUGUUACUUCCAUGCCUGUGUGGCUGAAAGAAGGAAGUUUGGUCCCCAAGGUUGGAAUAGAAAGUAUCCGUUCAACACCGGAGACCUGACCAUUUCAGUUAAUGUGCUCUACAACUACCUGGAAGCUAACGCACAGGUGCCGUGGGAGGACCUGAGGUAUUUAUUUGGAGAAAUCAUGUACGGAGGACACAUCACUGAUGACUGGGACCGACGGCUGUGCAGAACAUACCUAGAAGAAUACAUGCAGCCCAAUCAGUUUGACCGGAAGGUUGCACUAGCUCCGGGAUUUGUCGUUCCCACCAAUCUGGACUACCAGGGUUACCAUAAUUUCAUCGAUGAAAUGCUUCCCCAUGAGAGUCCAGUGCAUUAUGGGUUGCACCCAAAUGCUGAAAUUGAGUUCUUGACAGUAAUGUCAGAUGACCUUUUCCACAUUCUACUGGAACUGCAGUCACCUGAUGCUGUGCUGGUGGAGGGAGUCUCACAGACAGUAGAGGAGAAGGUAAAAGUCAUUUUAGAUGAGGUGCUGGAGAAGCUACCGGAAGAGUACAGUAUGUCUGACAUCACCUCUAAGACGACUGAACGCUCGCCAUACAUCCUGGUCUGCCUCCAGGAGUGUGAGCGCAUGAACACACUUAUCUCUGAGAUGCAUCGCUCCCUCAAGGAGCUUGACCUAGGGCUCAAGGGAGAGCUCGCCAUCUCCUCUGAAAUGGAAAAGCUGCAGUCAGCCUUGUUCCUUGACAUUGUGCCUGAUACUUGGACCAAACUUGCCUACCCCUCCACCUACAGCCUGUCCACAUGGUAUAACGAUGUGUUGCAGCGUUGUAAAGAGCUAGACAGCUGGACUCAGGACUUGUCUCUGCCUACUGUUGUCUGGCUGUCUGGACUUUUCAACCCACAAUCCUUUCUCACUGCGGUGAUGCAGGCUCUGGCACGUAAGAAUGAGUGGCCCCUGGAUAAGAUGAAUCUAACAGUCGAUGUAACCAAGAAGUUUAAAGAAGACUUCAACCAGCCUGCAAGGGAGGGUGCAUAUAUUUAUGGACUCUAUAUGGAAGGUGCUAGGUGGGACAUCCAGUCUGGAGUGAUAACUGAAGCCCGUCUGAAGGAGUUGACUCCAGCCAUGCCUGUUAUUUCUGUACGAGCUGUGCCCAAUGACCGCCAGGAGACCAGGAAUAUCUACGAGUGUCCACUAUACAAAACUAAAAUCAGAGGACCCACAUAUGUGUGGACUUUCAGCCUAAAAACCAGGGAGCGGCCCGCCAAGUGGGUUCUAGCAGGAGUCGCUCUGCUGCUCAGUGUGUGAUAAGGGUUCCAAGUUAAGAGGGCUGUUAUUUCUAUCUGCUACUUUUGCAAAAAAUCUGCACAGAGAAGAAGCAACCUGUUACCUGAUAUUUGAGUUAUGAAAGUUGUUUUAAAAUAACAUUGGAAAUAUUUGUGCGUUUAUGUCCAUUCUGCACUCUUACCUAACAUCACUUCAGUCCAUGUACGGUAAAACUCACCUAAACCAUCAUCAUAUAAAUCGGAUAUUCGCACUCAUCGGACAAAAAGCAAAAGUCCCAAUGCUUUUGUAUUGUUUUCCAUGUAAUAAAUGGAUUUUGUAUAACGGAUUUUCACUC